AUGGAAGACUGGCUUAUCCACUCAGAAGCAGCUCACAUCGGCUCUACAGCUACUGCUAUGUCUCUCUACAUCGCAGAUGAGAUGUCCGAAGUGAUUAGAUAUGUUCAUAUUGAAGGUGAUUCUGUUGAAGUAAGGGAAUCUUUCUUGGGUUUCUUUCCUAUUGCUGGAAAAACUGCAAAUGAGCUCACAAACGAUAUCCUGAGUAAUUUGGAGAUUGAUGGACUGGACAUUAACUUUUGCCGCAUUCAAGGAUAUGAUAAUGCUGCAACUAUGGCUGUGCUGAAAGAAAAUAUGAACCUGACAGUCAAAAGACUUUCUCAGACUAGAUGGAGUGCACAUCAUGAUGCUGUAAAGCCUCUCAAGAAACAAUUUGAGAAGCUGAUCAUAGCCCUGGAAACAUUGACAGAUCAAAGAGAAAAUGUUGACACAAGAGGAUCAGCUGAAGUUUUGCUUAAAGCUGUAUGUGAUUUUUAUUUUUUGGGUUAUCUUUCUUUUUGGUGUGAUGUACUGGAAGAAGUGAAUCUCACACAGAAGUAUUUGCAAACGGAAGGAAUAAGUCUUGAAAAGUGCACUGUAAAGCUCAAUGGUUUGAAAUUGUUUCUUCGAGGUCAGCAGAAUGAAAUUGUGGAGAGAGCGAUUCAAUAUGCAACUACACAAUGUGAAGAAAUGGGUAUCUCCAUGGAAACAAGAGGGAGGAUAAGACGUAAGAAAAUGAUGCCAGGAGAGAUGGCUAGGGAUGCUGGACUGACAAUGCAAGAGGAAAUGAGGAGAUCAAUGUUUGAAUGCUUAGAUCGAUUUAGUCUAGAAUUGGAUGCUCGUUCAGAGGCCAUGGAUAACAUCUUGUCAACAUUUGCAGCUAUUCAGCCAAGCUACUUGCUUUCUGCAAAAGAAAAACAACUUCAGGGGAUUAUUUCAAAUUCAAGCAUGACCAAGAUUUUUAAUUAA